AAAGGUGCAGUUCUCUGCCUACAGAAACCAUUUACCUGCAGUUGUGGUGAAUUAUUUAAUAACUUUAAACCAAUAUUCUAAGUCGAGACUCGCUGUGCAGUGAGGCUGUUUCUCUUUAGGGAGGACAGAGGAGACACCCAGACCACCUGGCUGCAAAAUCUUGUUUGCCUUCUUUACACGCUGCAGCACUAGUUUGUAUGAAUGACGGAAUCACAGAGUAAGCUGAGUUGGAAGGGGCCACAUCGAGUCCCGCUCCUGACACUGCACAGGACCAUCCCCAAGACUCACACCAUGUGCCAAAGCGUAUUGACCAAACACCUCUGGGACUCUGUCGGGCUUGGUGCUGUGACCACUGCUGUGGGGAGCCUGUUCCAGUGCCCAGCCACCCUCUGGGUGAAGAGCCUUUUUCUAAUUUCCAACUUAACCCUCCCCUGACUCAACUUCAGGCCAUUCCCUUGGAUCCUGUCACUGGUGACCACAGAGAAGAGAUCAGUGUCUGCACCUCGUCCCCUCAUAAGGAAGUUUCAGACUGCGACAAGUCUGGACUAGAAAUCAGCAUGUGUCUCCUGUGACUGUUGAAGAUAGAGGCUCUGCCAGUGCAGGGAUGAGCUCUGGCUCUGGAUAUCCUUGUUCCUGUGGGGGAAGCAUUAACUGACCUAGCCAAGCAGGUCUGGAUUUUCUCUUAAUCAGGUCAUACUGGUUGUUCUGAAUCCCCCUUGUCUGCACAGGGGACCCUCUAAUGUGGUCAGAGGUUAAGGCCGGGUGACCUGAUCCCAGGAACCAACCUUCCUGAGGUCAAGGACCCUUCCUGGGUUUUUCUCCAGAGAGAAAGGAUGGCUGUCAGGGCUGAACACUGGUAAAACAAAAAGCCAGCAAACCCUCACAACAACUUCAUACCCUGGUACCCAAACCAUGCUGCUGUAUAAAUACAACAAUGAUUCUUCACAGAUUAUUCCCCACCAGCCCCGUUAAUUUGAAGACAGUUUUCUUUAAAAAAGCAACUUCUGACAGUGAAACCGUGCAAGACCACACUCCUGUGCCCACUCCCAGAGUUCCAUUGAGAUGUCAGUUCUGCUUGUUAGAAUAAUGUGGGAUUUCUCCACAGUUCUUUACAAUAAAAAGUCACUGUGAAGAACUAGAGGAGGAUGACUUGUGCGACCACUGAAGAGAAUUUUAGCAAUUCUGUCAGCACAGCAGGGGGUGGGAAUUGGAUUAGGAACCUGUGAGUUGAGUGACUGAGCCUGUGGUCACUGCAGAAAAAAUCAGCUCAGUGCCAGUCAGUGCCUGGGACUCCUUGAAACUGAGCUGGCAUAAAAACAGGCAGAUCAUGUUAAACAGCUUCAGAGCAGACAGACAAAGGGUGAAAGCAAAGCUGCGCUUAACCCAGAUAAUCUGAUAUGUACAAAUGCAGAGCCUGAACAGAUCAAACCCAGAGUGGCAGCUGGGAUGAGUCACCAGUGUGGAGUCAAGGGGAAGAUUUACCACCUUCUCCUCCAUUAUCAAAGAGCCCGUGGAUCUGCACUGCUAAAGAAGAGAGUCUGGAAUGAGUUCCUGUUCUCCAGAUUACCUUGUCUCUGCUCGUGGCGCCUUUGGGGCAGCUUUCCCUCCCUGAUGGCUCGUCGAUCCCAAAGCUCCUCACAGGGGGACAACCCCCUGGACCCCAACUACCUUCCCCCCCACUACAAGGAGUAUUACCGCCUGGCCCUGGAUGUGCUCACAGAGGAGGGCAAGGAGAGUUACCAGCGCUUCCUGGCCGAGGAGGCGGCUCCCGAUUUCCUCUGUGGCUCUGAGGUCGAUCACAUCAUCCAGAACCUGCAGAAGCCCCAGUACGCCAACCAGGAGGGCAGCACGGACACUGCGGGGGACAAUGACAUGGACGGAUCCUCCGGGACUUACUGGCCCAUGAACUCAGAUCUUGCCAUUCCUGAGCUUGACCUGGGCUGGCCGAUGGUCUUUGGGUUUAGGGGAACAGAGGUGACAACACUGGUGCAGCCACCCCCGCCAGACAACCCCAGCAUUAAGGAGGAGGCUCGCAGGAUGAUUCGAGCAGCUCAGCAGGUGGUGGCCAUUGUGAUGGACAUUUUCACGGAUGUGGAUCUGCUGUUUGAGGUGCUGGAUGCUGCUUCUCGCCGAGUGCCUGUCUACAUCCUGCUGGAUGAAAUGAACUCCCAGCUUUUCCUCGACACAGCUGCCAAGUGCAGAGUCAACCUGAACUAUGUGGAGUUCCUGAGGGUGAGGACAGUGUCUGGCCCAACCUACUACUGCCGCACGGGGAUGUCCUUCAAGGGGCACCUGAAGGAGAAGUUCCUGCUGGUGGACUGCAUGGUGGUGCUGAGUGGCAACUACAGUUUCAUGUGGUCCUUUGAGAAGAUUCACAGGAGCAUUGCACACAUCUUCCAGGGUGAGCUGGUGGCCAGCUUCGAUGAAGAAUUCCGCAUUUUGUUUGCACAGUCGGAACCUCUCGUUCCUCCAGCCAACGUCUUGGCAAAGGCAGAGAACACGUUUGCCAUGGCUCCCUUUGGCAAUAACAUGCCUUUCUUUCCCAAAAAAGGCCCCUUGAUGUUCCAGAGGGAUGAGAGUCUCUUCCCCUCCUUCAUGGACAGAGUGGAUCCAGACAGGUACUUCCUCUCCAAUUUCCGGCGGGACGACAUGCUGCGGCACACGGUGGAGGGCUCAGCCAUGCGGAUGUAUAAAAAGGUGGAAAUGGAGAAUUCCCAGAUGGACCCGGUCAGGGGUUUCCUCCGUUCCAAGCAGCUGGAGCUGGACGCUUUUAAGAGACACAGUUUUGCAGAAGGAACGUUUGAAAAUUUUGCUUCUGCCAAGCAGUACACCCGGCAGAUGUUCAUGAACAACAUGGACGAGUUCAAAAUCCAAUCCAGUCAUUUCCAGAAGGACCAGUUCUACCAGUACCAGUUUGAACAUCCCCAUCUUUCUGGCAGACCUCAGGGAUUCUUUGACAGGAUUCGAGGGGGGAGACCGGGAUUCAAUGAACUGGAAGACUACGGAGAAGGACCCCGAUACCCUGAACUGGAGCCCAGUUUCCCCCAAGAGGGUUUCCCCUUACGGCUGGAUUACGUGCCCUCAAAUUCCUCCAGGGAGGUGAGACACGGCUCUGACCAGCUGAACCCUGCGGGCAACGGCCCCAUGGGAAUGAUGUUACGGAGGCAGAAUAUAGGACAGAAAUUCAUUUGCCAGACUUCUCCCACGCAGAAGCAGAGCCUGGAGCAGCGCCUGUUCCUACAGGACAAGGAUGAAGACCAGGAUGAUGACAAGAACACGCAGGAAAACAGAACAGGGUUACGGAACUGGAGGAUUUCUUCGUACCUCAGCGCGUACCAGUCUGAAGCAGACGAAGGGCUCCCGAUGCCCAUGGAGUCUGAGGCAUACAACGAUGCUCUUGGGGAUCCCCUCACAAAGCACCCCACUGACCUCGUCCCAGCCUUCAAACCCCCCACACCUUUCAAUAGCAAGCCAAUGGGAAUGGACAGUGCCAAGGAAUCUGCAGAUCCUGACAGAGCAGGUGAAGAAACCUCAAUAAUGAAACCAGAUGCCUUCAGGUCCAGGAUAAAUCCCUUGAUCCAGAGGAGCUCCAGGCUCAGGUCCUCUCUGAUUUUCAGUGCCGCCAAAUUAGAUCAGCCCAACACCGCAAUAGAAAAGGUGCAGAUGAUCCAAAAAGAGCAAAUGUCCAGUGAGUUAACAAAGGACAAUGAAACUAUCAAGACAGCUGCCUCCUCCAAAGUGGCCGAGCUGCUGGAGAAGUAUAAAGCUGUGGGCAAGGACAUGGAACGGGGCACAGUCACCCACACCAAAGCUGUUGCAGGUUACCUGCAGGAGGAAUCACAGAAUACGGAGAAGAAAUGUACCAAAUCUGUGCAGUAUAAGAUUCUGGAGAGCAGGGUGCUGGACUCCAAAGACUCCUGCAGUACUUACAAAAUGCAUGGAGAGUUGGACAGAGCAUUUGGAAUAGCUUCAUCCACCCCCCAGCUUGGGGACACGUUGAGUAAAGAUCCCCUGGCACAUCUUGGCACUAAGGUGGACAAGCUGUCAUCCCGAUUUUACCCCAUCGAGAACAAACCUCCUCUUCCAGAGAAGGAGAGCCUGAUAUUUGUAGGAGACACUCAGAAAUUGGCUCUUCCAGAGAAGAAGGACAGAGUGACCUUCAGAGAAGACUCUCCAAAAUUAGUCAAUACAGAAAUUAAGAAACCUCAGGUUAGGACAAGUACUACGUCCUCAGUUCUAGAAAGCCUGUCUAGAAGUCAAGGGUCUGACAGCUCUCUCAACAAAUCUGAGGAAGACUGUUCAAAACAAGAGCAAAAUCCCAUGGAAUUUUUAAGAAAAGGGUCACUACGCCUGAAGCAGCUUUUGAACCCAAAAGGUGAAAAGAAAUUGGAGGAGGAACCUGCUUCUGAGAGUGGGAAAUGCGACAAGCAGGCAGUGGUGCUCAAACGAUCAUCCACAGGGGACUGCCAGGAAGCGAUGGAGGAAGAAAAAAACCCCAAAUUUGCAGCACCACUCCCCCCCAAGAGCAGCCAGACAACACAAGGGAGGUUCCCUUCCUCCACAGCCAACAUCCUGUACAGCAGCAACUUGCGUGAUGACACCAAGGUGAUCCUGGAGCAGAUCUCUGCCAACAGCCAGAAGAACAGAGCCGAGCUGGCCAAGCAGCUGCCAUCCACCAGCAACCCUGACCUCUCCAGGUCGACCACAAGCUUGGAAAGAAAAGGGGAAAAGGAGAAAAGCUGCAACAUCCACAGAUCUGAGAGCUUUGGGAGCCAGAAAAGGAACCUCCAGCGGCAGCCAUCGGAGGAUAGAGACACCCUCCUGAAAAAGAUGGAGAACAUGCGGAAGGAGAAGCGAGUCUACAGCCGCUUUGAGGUGUUCUGCAAGAAGGACGAACACACGAGUCCCAGUGAAGAGGAGUAUGACACAGAUGCCAAAGACAAGAAAAUGGGAAAAUUCAUGCCAAAAAUCCUGGGGACCUUCAAGACCAAAAAAUGAUUGUAGAAAUCCUAUUUAAUUCCAUUUAAUCACUGACUAUCACAGGGAAACGAGGAAAAAACUUGUCUAUGAUGGCUACAACCCUCAAUGGCAAUCCUCUUCUUGAUUAGUGAGCAGAAAUGUAUCCAGCAUGAGCCUCCCACGGCACAUUUUGCUCAAUAAAGUCAGGUGGUAUCAAACAGCCUUAUCCCAGUAUGUUCCAAAUAAAACAAUUAAAAUGCCAACAUGCUUUAAAAA